AAAUUAUUGUUAUCUUAAUUUCUAAAUUAGAAUCCUAAAUCUACAAUAGUUCUCUAAAAAUGAUUACUUUCCAAAAAUAGCAGAUUAAAAAAAAAUUAAAAACACAACUUAUAGAUUAAAAAUUUAAAAAGAAUACUCAUAUAUCAACAAAAAAUAUUGUUAUCGUGAUUUCUAAAUCAGAAUCCGAAAUCUACAAUAGUUCUCUCAAAAAAUUAAAAGAAUAUUCAUCUAUCAAAAAAAAUUGGUGUUAUCUGAAUUUCUAAUUUAGAAUCUCAAAUCUAGCUAUAGUUCGCUAAAAAUUAUAACUUUCCAAAAAUAACAGUUUAAAAGAAUAAUUAAAAAUAUAACCUGUUAUAACUUAUGUAAAAAUAUUUAUCUAUUACCAAAAUUUUUUGUUAUACUAAUUUUUAAAUCAAAAUCUUAAAUAUACAAUAAUUUUUUUAAAAAUAACAACUUUCCAAAAAUAACCAUUUUAAAAAUUAUUUUUAAAAACAACAUAUUGAUCAACGAAUUUUUUGUUAUCCUAAUUUCUAAAUCAAAAUCUCAAGUCUACAAUAGUUCUUUAUAAAAAUGAUAACUUCCAAAAACAGCCACUAUUUAUAAAAAAAAUAUUUUUAAAAAGUUAUUUGUUUGUCUAUUUGUAAUUUAAAAUUAAAUAUUUAAAAUAAAAUUGUAUUAGAAAUAAAAUUAAACACAACUUUGUUUUAAAUUAAAAAAAAUUAGAAUACUUUUUUAUAAAACAUAGUUUUAAGUUUAUGAAACAUAGUUUUAAGUAUAUGUAUCUGGAGAAUAUGCCCGCCUCGGAUGAGUCGUUUCUAGUAUCUGUGUCAAAGAGCUCCCUCCUCGCCUCAACUCUUUUCAUUCUCUUCUAUCUAACAAAAAGAACAGUAGGCAGCUCACUUUUUCCAAUCUUCUAGCUGAUGCAGUCUCGCGCAUGGUCGCGGCUAAAAAGUUACUACAGAAGAGCAACACUGCCCAUAUCAGACCAUGUUAGAUCCAACCAACUAUCAAAUCCGCUACGUUCGAUUUCCUCUUCCAGCUAUACCAAACCGAACGUAACACGACCCGAAUGGCUGAUCUCGAGUCUAUGCAAAGAAGGUAGAAUCACAGAAGCACGCAAGCUGUUCGACGAAUUGCCCGAGAGGGAUGUGAUCACAUGGACGGAUGUGAUCAACGGGUAUAUCAAGUCAGGGAACAUGAGAGAAGCUAGAGAGCUCUUCGAUAGGUCCGAUUCCAGGAAAAAUGUCGUGACUUGGACAGCUAUGGUUCGUGGGUACUUGCAAUCCAAGCAAUUCUCUGCAGCUGAGAUGCUUUUCCAGGCGAUGCCGGAGAGAAAUAUAGUUUCUUGGAACACUAUGAUUGAUGGGUACGCUCAAAGCGGGAGAAUUGACAAGGCCCUGGAGCUGUUCGAUGAAAUGCCUGAGAGAAACGUUGUUUCUUGGAAUACGAUGAUUAAAGGGUUGGUGAUGCGCGGGAGGAUAGAUGAGGCUAUGGGUUUGUUCGAGAGUAUGCCUGUAAGGGAUGUGAAGUCAUGGACUGCUGUUGUGGAUGGAUUAGCGAAGAACGGGAAGGUGGAUGAAGCGAGGCGGGUUUUCGAUUGUAUGCCUGAGAGAAACAUUGUUUCGUGGAACGCGAUGAUCACUGGUUAUGCACAUAACAAUAGGAUACAGGAAGCUGACCAACUCUUUCAAGUGAUGCCGGAGAGAGACUUUGCUUCUUGGAAUACGAUGAUCACAGGGUUUAUACGGAAUGGGGAAGUAGACAGAGCAUGUGUUUUGUUUCACCGGAUGCCUGAAAAGAAUGUUAUUUCCUGGACCACGAUGAUAACAGGAUACGUUCAGGUUAAAGAAAACGAAGUUGCAUUGAAGGUUUUCUCAAACAUGUUGAGGGAUGGUUGUGUUAAGCCUAACGUGGGAACUUACGUGAGCGUUUUAAGUGCAUGUAGUGACAUGGCUGGUCUUGUGGAAGGGCGGCAGAUUCACCAGUUGGUAUCGAAGUCUGUCCACCAGAAGAACGAGGUUGUGACUUCAGCGCUUAUUAACAUGUACUCAAAAUGCGGUGAGCUGGUAGCUGCGAGGAAAAUUUUCGAUUCCGGGAUGGUAAGCCAAAGGGAUUUGAUAUCAUGGAACAGUAUGAUUGCUGUUUACGCACACCACGGGCGUGGGAAAGAAGCGAUUGAGAUGUAUGAUCAGAUGCGGAAACACGGGUUCAAACCCAGUGAGGUGACUUAUCUUAACUUGCUAUCCGCUUGCAGCCACGCCGGUUUGGUGGAUAAAGGAAUGGAGUUCUUUGAGGAGCUCGUGAGAGACAAGUCACUUUCUGUGCGUGAAGAUCACUAUACCUGUGUAGUGGAUCUCUUUGGUCGGGCUGGUAAAUUGAAAGAUGUGUUUAAGUUCAUCAAUAGUGUAGACGCUAAGCCAUCAGGUUCCGUCUAUGGAGCGCUCUUGUCGGCUUGUAAUGUUCAUGGAGAAGUGAGUAUUGCUUCCGAGGUGGUGAAGAAGGUUCUGGAAACAGGGGCGGAUGAUGCUGGAACCUAUGUAAUGAUGUCUAAUAUAUAUAAAAGGAGUGGGAAAAGGGAGGAAGCUGCAGAGAUGAGGAUGAAGAUGAAGGAGAGAGGGUUGAAGAAACCGCCAGGUUGUAGUUGGGUUAAAGUCGGGUUUGGGUGGCAUGCUUUUGUAGUUGGAGACUUCUCUCAUCCUCAGUUUGAAGCUCUUUAUUGGGUAGUAACAGGUCUUAGCAACAACACGAGAAAGAACAUGACUUCAGAUGUUGAAGAAGAUAAGCUCUUACUUCUGUUCUUAUAGAUUUGUCUGAUUCGAUCUUUUACCAUCUUAUACUGAAUAAUACAGUCAUUCAUUCUUCUUUGUUAUAUAAAAAAUUGUUUUUGAGUGA